UGACGAGGAAAUGGAUGUGCGAUAACUACUAGAGUCGGAAAAGAAUAGUGGGUACGGCCUACCAGACCUUGAGUCUCAGUUAUUAAUUGACAAUUAAAAUCAUAAUGUGAGUGAUUAUUAUAAAUGAAAAACAGCGAAUUGUUUUAUAUACAGAAUACUGUAAUAACUUACAGUAUAUGUAAAUGAUGGCGUAUAGACACCAUAAUACACUGACCGCGGUCAAAAUAGGGUUGGAAGUGCUAUAUAUCCUAGCGAUUAUUGGAUGUAUCAUUUUAAUAGUUACCUGUUCUCUCGGAUUAACACAAAAGGACCCAAAUAUCAAUAAAGAUAAUGGAUUGGUCGGAAUCAUCAAAGAGAUCAUAUGGAUUGUCUCAACUCUACUGGUGUUUCAAAUAAUUGCAAUUAUCCUGAACCUAACAUCUGGUGAAGUGGUGUCUGCCGUGUGGGGCAUAUUGUGUGCUAUACUGACCGCUAUAUACCUAUACCUCAUUACACAGAAGCAAAAGGAGGGACUGGAGGACUCGCCCACCGAUAAAUCAUAA